AUGCAGGGCGAGGCAACCGUUAGUCCUCCGCGACACCUCUCACGGCGCUCCCUACCGUCCAGCUCCAGUGUCCCUCGAAGCGGUAGCCGACUCCGGACAUUACUCGGGCUGAACCAACCUCAGCCUGAGCCUCGGUCAGACUUGCAUGAUACGCUGUAUAUAGUCCCUCGUCAGGCGGCCGACGCACACGAUAUGAGGGUCUUUGAGAAUGUAGCGAGAAUGUAUGAAGGUGGAAGUCGGUCUUACGAUACGUGUGAGAACGGACGAGUUCUUACCCCCACGCCGGAUCCUGGAUGUUCGGGUGGGAUGGGGAUGGGCCGAGGAUUAUUACCACGACUCUUGGAAAUGAUCACCACCCCUAAGCGAAAGGGAAAGUCUAAAAUUGUGUACGAUAUAGAUGGAGAGCUACUUCCUCUGGACGGCGAGGAGGGUGAAUUGAUUGAUGACGAGGCUUGUUUCAUGGAGCCCAACGACUCCGACGGGAUAGACCUGUUGGUCAUGUUACCGCCUGAGCUGGCGCUGUACAUCUUGUCACAAUUGGAUCUGGAUUCGGUCGUCGCAUGUUUAGCGGUAUCACAUGCUUGGCGUCGGCUUGCCUCCGACGACACAGUCUGGCGAACACUCUUUUAUCGACAGUCGGGCUGGUUCGUCAACAUUCCGCGACGACAGGCCCAGAUACUCGCUUCCCAGACCUUGCCUGCCCAAUCGUCGCAAUCACGUUCCCCAUCACUCCUUUCUUCGCUUGCACCCUCAUCUCGACGGACCUCUGCUGAACCGACACGACCUCCCGCAAAUUUGAGCCAAGGAGAGUUCUCACUCAACUGGCCAGACCUCUUCAGGCAACGACAUAAGGUCGCCAGGAAAUGGUAUUUUGGGGCUGCCAAGUCGAACAAGCUGGCGGGCCACCUCGAUAGUGUGUACUGCCUGGAACUUGACACCGCGGCAGAUACCAUCGUCACUGGUUCCCGAGACCGUUCCAUCAAAAUUUGGAGUGGCUUCAUGUGUUCCGGGAGUAGCGAUAGGACAAUCAGGGUGUGGGAACGGGCCGCUGGGUCUUGGGGAGUUAAAGCGGUCUUGAGUGGACAUGCGGGUGGAGUUCUGGAUUUGAGGAUAGACGACAAGUGGAUUGUCAGCUGUUCAAAGGACACCUUCAUCCGGGUCUGGGAUCGCCAAACGCUUCAACAGCACUGUGUCUUGAAGGGACAUGAGGGCCUGUCAACGCUGUCGGCCUUCAAGGUAACCAAGUCGUUAGUGCAAGCGGAGAUGGACGAUACAAUUAUUUCCGGCUCCAAUGACCGUAAAAUCAAAGUUUGGUCUGCCUCGACUGGGGAUUGUCUGUUUACGUUACCGGGGCACGAGCUGUUGGUUCGCGCGCUGGCGUAUGAUUCCGUGUCGCGACGGCUUGUCAGCGCAAGUUACGAUCGUACGAUCAAGGUUUGGGAGUUUGGUGAAGGAAGGCAGGAUGGGUGGAAACUAGUCCGAGAGUUCAAGAAUUUGCAUGAUAGUCAUAUUUUCGACGUCAAGUUCGAUGCCACGAAAAUUGUUAGCACCUCCCAUGAUCAAAAAAUACUGGUCCUCGACUUUGCGUACGACGUAGAUGCACUCCUCUUCACCUAA